ACAACAGCAUGAGUUCAUGAGAGCUUUUAUUUUGAAGCCUGAAAACAGGAAGUUCCGUUUUUGUGCUGCCGGCAAACAUACUACAUCCUCUAAAGAUCAAAGUACAAGAACAUAGGGAAAUAUUAUGCGUGAGAAAUCAUUCCUAAAAUGAAUCCUUACGAAUUGCUUUAUUGAAUGAAGGAUUAUGUUUGAGCGUCACCUUUCUUUUCCGGUGGGGCGCUCAUAGUGUGAAAUCAACAUCUGCAUCGAUAGUAACGGCACGAACACUUUUGACGGAUGCAUUAUGCAUUUAUAAGAACUCCGUCUUCAGAUAAACUAAGGUUUUCCAGGAGGCUACUAUAUGAAAGAGGGAGAACCGAAUUGGGUUUAGGCUUAACGUUACAGUAAGAAUGUCACGAGUUAAUAAAUCAGAGUCACCCACCUCGGUUACCGAUGUACAUACAGGCUCAAAGAUGCAGAGAGUAAUUUACGUGACUUACCUCAUAGCUGUCCUGGAUAUCACAUGGAUGUUUUUACAGUUUUCCAUCACUCCUUAUUUGGCGAAGAAGCUGGGAUUUGACACCCUAUGGAUUGGCUAUUUGCAAACCAUGGUUGGUGUCGUCCAAUUGUUGGGAGGCCCGAUAUUUGGCAGGUUUGCAGACCUUUUUGGUGCCCGAGCAGCAAUGUGUCUAUCCUGCACUGCCUCUGUAGUCUACUAUGGGUUACUAGCGAUAGCGGACAGUCCUCUCAUGCUCUUCAUCCACAAACUCCCCGCUGUCUUGAUGCAUGGCUUGCCUGGAGCCCAGAUGGUAGUGACUGACCUGACAGAACCUGACAAGCGGGCAGAGGCCCUUGGCAAGCUGGGCCUAUGUUUUGGCAUUGGCAUGGUUGCCGGCUCCACCUUGGGUGGUACACUCAGCACACGCUAUGGGGAGACAUUUGCUGCUUGUGUAGCUGCUGGAGGGAGCUUCAUCAGCUUCCUGUUGGUUUGGAUGUUUAUCCCGAAACACACUAAGAUACAAGCUCCACAGGACAACACAGACAGGAAGAGCAAUGCCAAGUCAGUCUUUGACCUGGGUGAGAUCACCAGACUGAUGAAGUACCCUGGUGUGGCCAAAACCUUCAUGGUCAAGAUCAUCUCGGGUCUGCCAUCAGGUAUCUUUCAGGUCAUGUUCUCUGUUAUCGCCAUGAACUUCUUCCAGCUGGCGCCAGAGCAGAAUGGCUACCUUAUGGCCUACUUUGGGAUCGUGUCAAUGGUAAUCCAAGGAGGAGUGAUUGGCCGGCUGACCUCAAAGUACUCUGAGAACUCACUGCUUCUCCUCUCCAUCGGCAUGUCAAGUCUGGUGGGCCUGGCUCAGGUCUUCAUGGCCAACGUGUUCCAGUUCUGCUUCAUCGUCCUCCCCAUGAUGUUCUCUCUCAGCGUGUUCAACGUCAUCACUGACAGCAUGCUGACAAAGACUGUGCCUUCCUCCGAUACCGGCACGAUGCUGGGCCUGUGUGCCUCUGUGCAGUCUCUGCUCCGCACCAUCGGCCCCACUAUUGGAGGCUUCUUGUAUCACAACUACGGAGUGGCCUCUUUUGGGUUCAUCCAGUUUGCCGUGAACAUGGUCGUGUUUGUGUUUAUGCUUAGAAAUAUGGUCAACAGCAAAGACGAGCGCAGAGAAUGACAUUCCACAGACUUAAAUACAUAGGGCAUUUUAAAAAAGUGACCUAAAUAUAAUUUUAUAUUAUCAGAGAAUGUAAUUAUAUUUCUAUAAUGGACAAAAAUAUAAAAUGCAACAUACAACAA